GCGGAGUUCGCUUCCGGGUCAAUAUUUGGGCGGGAUUUUCGUGGCUUGAGAGGUUUAAACCGUUUAGCUGCUCCUGAGAAUGAACGGUGAGAAAAUGGAGGUAGGCUGGAAUCACCAGCAGCAGCCGUGUGCGGACGGUGUUCCUAAUAAAGGUGAAGUUCACAUCGAGGUUCAUGUUAAAUCACAAAGCACGGCGAGGCGGGCUGAUGUAAGGACACAUGUUUUGGCUCUGCUCGACCGACACAACCUCGUCAUGGGAUCCUUCAAGUGGACGGAGUUUGAUGACGAAUUUUUGACCAGGAAUGUCGAGUCUGUAUCUGUGGUCGACGUUGAUGCACAGCCGUUAGAUUUAAAGGCGAGCAAGCUGUGCAUUCACAUCUUUGCUCUCAGUGAUGAUGGACCAAGCAUGCUAAACCUGGAGGAGGAGGAGGCGAUAUCUGCAGCCAAUCACUGGCUCCUGCCAGCAGCUGAGUUCCACGGGAUCUGGGAAAGCCUGGUUUAUGAGGAAGGAAUCAAAACACAACUCUUGGAUUAUGUUUCGACAGCCAUGUUCUUUUCUGACAAAAACGUUGACAGCAAUCUGGUUGCAUGGAAUCGUGUCGUGUUGCUUCACGGGCCGCCAGGAACAGGAAAGACGUCGCUGUGUAAAGCCCUGGCACAGAAACUUGCCAUCAGACUCUCAGAAAGAUAUUCCUACGGACAGUUUGUCGAAAUCAACAGCCACAGUUUGUUCUCAAAAUGGUUUUCAGAGAGCGGAAAACUCGUCACAAAGAUGUUCCAGAAGAUUCAAGAGCUGAUCGAUGAGCGAGAGGCGCUUGUUUUUGUCCUCAUUGAUGAGGUGGAGAGUCUUACUGCAGCCAGAAACGCCUCUCAGGCUGGAACCGAACCAUCAGAUGCCAUCCGAGUGGUCAACUCUGUCCUUACCCAGCUUGACCAGAUCAAACGACACCCGAACGUGGUGAUCCUCACUACCUCAAACGUCACUCAGAAGAUCGACCUGGCCUUCGUGGACAGGGCGGAUAUAAAACAGUAUAUCGGCUUGCCGAGUGCCCAGGCCAUCUUUAACAUCUACCUGUCGUGUCUGGAGGAGCUCAUGAAGCGACAGAUCAUUUACCCACGGCAGCAGCUGCUGAACCUCGUGGAGCUCAGUACUUUGGAUUACAUCGAGAGUGAAGUGACCAAGCUCAGUCUGUGUCUGCAGGAGAUCGCAGAGAAGAGCGUUGGCUUUAGCGGUCGUACCUUAAGGAAAAUUCCCUUCCUGGCACAUGCACUCUACGCAAAGACAUCUGUGAUGACCCUAGAGAAUUUCCUUAGCGCCAUGGACAAGGCUGUGGCUCACCAAAUAAAGCAACAGAAGAAGCUAGUUAACUGUGUAUGAGUGUAAGCUGCUGACUAAUGCUUAGUAUUGACUCCUGAAAAGCACUUUGAGCAGAAUUGAUUUUUAAAAAGGACAAUGUGACGAGUUUGGUUUUUACAAGUUCAAGUUGUUGGUCUUCUUGUGAGUUUGUUGACUGUGUUGUUGUGUGUAAACAAAUAAUGUUUUGUGAUUUUAUGUGUAUUUAAAAAAAUGUCAAUUAAACUGUGCUAAAAACAAACAAACAAAAUCUCUGGAAUUCAACAGAUCACCACUAGAUGGCC